AGGAACACACACAAUAAAAAGGAUGUCCAACUAUCUCUCUUUGCUAUAAAAUCCUUCCCCCUCAACUGUAACAAGCUGAAUUCCACUAAUUAUUAAGGAUCAGUCUACCUAGAAUGGGAAAUUCAGUUGCUUCUAUUACAGUAUGGCUCGUCUUGAUAUUACAAGCACAGGUUCUACCUAUCUUAGCAAGAAGGUCAAGUCAAAGAUCUACCCAAUUCUAUGACUUUAAGGUGCAAAUGACCAGGAUCACAAAGCUGUGCAACACGAAGGACAUAGUCACUGUCAACGGCAUGUACCCAGGACCAGUCCUUUAUGCCCGAGAAGAUGACAAAGUGGCUGUCAAAGUUACCAAUGACUCCCCCUACGACAUCACAAUACACUGGCAUGGCGUUCGUCAGAAGCUCUCCUGCUGGUAUGAUGGUCCUUCCUACAUAACCCAAUGCCCAAUCCAACCAGGGAAAACCUUCACCUACAAGUUCACAAUGGUAAAGCAAAAAGGCACCCUUCUAUGGCAUGCUCACUCCUCUUGGCUUCGAGGUACUGUGUAUGGUGCCAUUGUUGCAUAUCCCAAGACUGGGGUGCCCUACCCUUUCAAGCCCCCAUAUGCAGAACAUAUCAUAAUUCUUGGAGAAUAUUGGCUGAAGGACCUUGUGCAACUUGAGCAUGAUGUUCUAUCAAGUGGUGGUAGUCCUCCACCAACAGACGCAUUCACCAUUAACGGUCAUCCAGGACCCAACUACAAUUGCUCAAAUAAUGACACAUAUAAACUAGAUGUUCUCCCAGGGAAGACCUAUCUACUGAGGAUAAUCAAUGCAGCCCUCAACAUGGAGCAGUUUUUUGCCAUUGCCAAGCACAAUCUUACAAUAGUUGAAGCUGAUGGAGCAUACACAAAGCCAUUAACCGUGAGCCAAGUGAUGCUUGGUCCUGGUCAAACCAUUAAUGCUCUCGUAACAACUAAUCAGCAGCCAGGCAAAUAUUCCAUAUCUGUGGGUCCUUACAUGUCUGCUAGGAAUGUCACCUUCCAAAACAUUUCCUCCAUUGCUUACUUCCAAUACUCUGGUUAUUCUUCAAAUAACUUUCCUUUAUCUUAUGCCCAAUUGCCAAGCUUCAACGAUACCUUGGUCAUUAAUACUGUUAUGGAUGGCCUCCGCAGCUUGGGACCUGUGAAUGUCCCAAGGGAGAUCGACACCCCCCUUUUCAUCACUAUUGGAAUAAACGUACAGAAAUGCACCUCACGGACACCCUCACAAAAUUGCAAGGGAAUCAACGGAGGCGUGAUGGCAGCCUCAAUGAACAAUGUGAGCUUCAUAAAGCCAAAUAUCUCACUUCUCGAGGCAUACUACGAGAAGAUCAAUGGCCAUUAUACAGAGGACUUUCCAGACUUCCCACAAAAAGUCUAUGAUUUUGUUAAUCAGGCCCCUAAUGACAUCCCACAUGACACUCAAUCCAUUAUUGGGACCAGAACCAAGGUCAUUGAAUACGGGUCCAGAGUGCAGAUAAUCCUACAGGACACAGGGACCGUGACCACAGAAAACCACCCGAUUCAUCUUCAUGGUCACAGCUUUUAUGUGGUCGGAUAUGGUGCAGGAAAUUACAGCCCUCAAGCUGCAUCCUUCAACUUAGUAGAUCCACCUUACCUGAACACCAUAGGAGUGCCGUCAGGUGGGUGGGCAGCAAUUCGAUUCGUUGCAGAUAAUCCAGGGGUAUGGUUCAUGCAUUGUCACAUGGAAGUGCAUUUGUCUUGGGGUCUAUCGGUGGUGCUCAUAGUGAAGAAUGGUCAAGGAAAGUUAGAGGCAUUACCUCGUCCUCCAACUGAUCGACCAAGAUGCUAAGACGAAAAGAAGACUUCUCUUACUAAAAACUAAAGACCUUUCUCUACAGUUUCCUUCUCCUUUUUCCUUUUUCAAGAAAAGGGGGUGGUCUGGAUUUACUUAAGAACGUAGAUCCAGGACUAAUGGUAAAUAGUCUAAAUACCAGCAUGUUUUCAGUUCUUUUUUCUUUUCUUUU